AUGGUAAACGGUUCAAACACAAGCGGUUUUGGUUAUGACCCCGAAAAGCAUUGUGUUACUUCUGAGGAUCCGAUCUGGGAGGCGUACCUACAAGUACAUAAAGAAGCGACUAGAUGGAAACACAAAACAUUUCCUUAUUAUGAAGAUCUUUGCAUUGUUUUUGGAAAAGACCGAGCUCAAGGAAAUAGAGCUAGAGAUUUCAUGGAGAUGGAACAAGAGGUGAAUUUAGAAGAAGAAACGCAAGAUUCAGAUGACGAUUUUCUAGAUUCAGAGGAAGUUAGUCGUACUACAGCCGUGCAACAUGAUGAAACUUCACCGAGUGUUCGUUCCAAGAAGAGGAAAAAUCGAAGCGACGAGGGGUUUAACAAGGCGGUUGGCUUAAUUACAGAAACUCUUAAAGAAAUAUCAAAGGACUUGAGUGAAGGUAUUAAAUUUGAUAUGAAGAUUAACGAGUUAAGUGAGAAGAUCCCUCCGGCAAUUUUAAAGAUGAAUUCAAUAAGUCAACUUGAAAAGUUCAAAGCUUUGACCAAGAUAAGAAGUGAUCCCAUUAAUGUUCAAAAAUUUUGGGAAAUUGAAGAAGGUAAUAGAGAAGCUUGGAUAAAAUACAUUUUGGAAGGGUAGUAUUACCAGUUGGGAUAUGCAUUGGAUGUAGAUCGGUAUUUUGCAUAUGAAAGUUUUUG